AUGGGCUGGGACAACCGCUCGAUGGUGACCGAAUUCGUGCUGCUCGGACUCUCAGACUACUGGGCCAUGCAGUGUCUCCUGUGCGUGCUCUUCUCCGUGUUCUACGUGGCGAUUGUGCUGGGGAACACGCUGAUUGUGCUCACGGUGGUCGCCGACCCUCACCUGCACUCCCCUAUGUACUUCCUGCUAGCCCACCUCUCCUUCAUUGACUUCUGCAUAUCUUCCAUCGCCACCCCGAAUUUGAUUUACGAUGCCUUAAGGGAAACCGAAGUCAUCUCCGUCGGGGGCUGCUUCACUCAGAUGUUCUUCAUUCACUUCGUUGGGGGUUCUGAGAUGGUGCUGCUGGUGGCCAUGGCCUAUGACCGCUAUGUUGCCAUCUGUCGACCCCUCCACUACAUGGCCACUGUGACCCUUCCACUGUGCGCUUGGCUAGUGGCGGCGGCCUGGGCCAUUGGCCUUAUCCACUCAGUCAGCCAGUUAGUUUUUGUUGUGGACUUGCCCUUUUGUGGCCCCAACGAAGUGGGCAGCUUCUAUUGUGACUUUCCUCGCGUCAUCCAACUGGCCUGCACGGACACGUACCGGUUGGAGUUCGUGGUCACGGCCAACAGUGGGCUCAUCUCCAUGGGGACAUUCAUCCUCUUGAUCUUCUCCUACAUCUUCAUGCUGGUCAGUGUCCGGCAACGCUCUUCCAUCGGGCUGUCCAAGGCGUUCUCCACCCUGUCCGCUCACAUCUCGGUGGUGGUUCUGUUCUUCGGUCCUUGCAUCUUUGUCUAUAUCUGGCCGUUCCCUAAGUUGGCCGUGGAUAAGUACCUGGCCAUCUUCGAUGCAGUCAUCACCCCUUUCCUGAAUCCCCUCAUCUACACCUUCAGGAACAAGGACAUGAAGAUGGCGGUGGUGAGAUUGACCCUCAGGAGUCUCCAUAGAAAGAAUUGGUCAGAGGGCUCCACUGAGCAGGGCAGAAUCUGGGGUCUUUUGAUGCAGGCCUGGCAUGGGGGACGACUUCAGCUCCUGGCCAGCUGGCUUGGAUCCAUAGGAAACUGUGGGACCCGAUUCGGGAUGUCUGAGAUGUUCCGGGCUUCAGCUCCACAUCCAGGGUGUGCUGAACUGGCUGAAUGCUCCAGGAUCUCUGCCCUCCAGCAGAAGCAGAGAUUACCAGAGCUCCUGGAGCUGUGCACCAGAGCUCCUGGAGCUGUGCACCAGAGCUGA